GAAGCCUGGAGGCCUGCGGUUUCCGCACCGCUGCCGCCCCCGCCCCUCGCGUGGACAUUUAUCCCCCGCUGCUCAGGCCCUGCCGCCAUCGCCGCAGACCCGGCGCCCCGAGAGAUACACCGCAGCACCCACCAUGGCACCCCUUGCGCCCCUGCCCUCCUGCAUCCUGUUGUUGCUGUGGCUGCCGGCCCCUAGCAGGGCCUGUACCUGUGCCCUGGUGCACCCGCAGAUGGCCUUCUGCAACUCCCAGAUCGUCAUCAGGGCCAAGUUCGUGGGGACCGCAGAAGUCAACCAGACCAGCUUAAACCGGCGUUACGAGAUCAAGAUGACCAAGAUGUUCAAAGGGUUCAACGCCUUGGGGAAUGCCUCUGACAUCCGGUUCAUCGACACCCCCGCCCUGGAGAGCGUCUGCGGAUACGUGCACAAGUCCCAGAACCGCAGCGAGGAGUUUCUCGUCGCCGGAAACCUGCAGAACGGACACCUGCAGAUCAACAGCUGCAGUUUCAAAGCUCCCUGGAACAAGUUGAGUAGCGCUCAGCGCCGGGGCUUCACCAAGACUUAUGCUGCCGGCUGCCAGGAGUGCACAGUGUUUGCCUGCUCAUCCAUCCCCUGCAAACUGCAGAAUGACACUCAUUGCUUGUGGACAGACCAGUUCCUCAAAGGCUCGGACAAGGAUUUUCAGAGCCGCCAUCUAGCCUGCCUGCCCAGAAAGCCGGGGCUGUGCACCUGGCAGUCCCUGCGGCCCCAGAUGGCCUAAAUCCUACCCCCGGCGGAAGCCGAAGCCUGCCCAGUGUCCACCCCACUUCCCGCUCCUGUCUUUCUUUAUCCCACAAGACAGUGAAAUAAAGAACUACUAUCCAGCA